AUGCAGCAUUAUCGUUGUGCUCAGUGUCCUGCUAUCUUUUCUUCAAUUUCUUCACGUAAGAAUCAUGUAAGACACGAACAUCAAUCAACUGUCCAUACCAAGGAUAUACAUGGCUCUGAGGUCAUUAUUGAAAGAGUCAAUAAUCGCUUUUCGUGCCCUCAAGUAGCUUGCUCAUACUCUACUGUCAAAGCAUCUUUGAUGCAGACUCAUUAUCAUAAUUGUCGAUCCAAAAUUCGUACUUCUGCUCCUUCUGUGGCCAGCCAUAUUCCUAGGGUGGUGGUUCAAUCUAGAGUGAUUCCUGCUGGAAGCCAAGUGCAAGAGCUUGCUGGUUGGAUGGAGUUUGGGGUUUAUUAUCACAAACUGGCCAAGCUGUUGUUGUGCUCAAAUGAUGGUUGCCAUGUCUGUGUUAAAGUUGAAGAGAUAUCCUCUCAUCUCCAGACUCAACAUCAUAUCAAAUGCAUUGUGGAAGAAAGCAUGCUUGAUGACAUAGUCCAAGCUCCUCCUCAAGACAUUUACAAUCUUGAGCAGCCCAUUGCUCCUUUCCGAGGAGUUCGGAUGUACAUGGGGUUUGUAUGUAAUGUGUGCUACUAUGCUUGUGUCCAGUUGGAUUCUAUGCGGAAGCAUUUUGUGGCCCACCAUUGGGUUCCAGAGUUCCAAGAUGGAGGCUGGAGAAAUAAUAUUAGCCAGUCUUGGGUUCAAACUCUUCUGCGGCACCAACAUCGUCGAUUUUUCCAUGUUCUUCCAACUCAUCCGGACGACGAUAUUAUCCCAGACUCAAACACCUCUUCCAGUGUCAUUACCAGUCGCCAGGCCAGUGGCCUUUUGGCCCAGCUUCCACCCCCUAUCAGCAUGACUUCUCUUGGAGUGCACAAUCCAGCUGGGAUUAGGGACACUCCAACUUGUGAUGAGAUUGGAAACAAACCACUUGGCUCCCUUGCGGCAUCGGCGAUCAAAAAAUAUUCUGGUUUAUUGGCCUUGUUCUUCAUCUUUUGCUUGGAAAUAUCCCAUAACCCCCGACUUGGUCUUCCAGCUUGUAUUAUCAAUCCAUUAGCCCUCAAGCUUCUUGAUCAGCUCCAUGAUCAUCUUACAACAAGUCCACCCAUCAUCCCUUCUCAGUUGAUUCCUGAAUGUCUUGUUGCUCUAUUCAUCCAAUCAAACCCUCAUGGUACACCCGACACCUGUUUUCAUGUUCUUCAGUUUGUUGCUUUGUCGAUGAUCAAAGAAGACGGUUCCUUUCAGCCCCAUGGGCUAGUGACUAGGCUCCUUGCUCCUCUUCAAUACUGUCUUCGAGUGUCUUUUGUUGAAUUGUACUUGGCUUUCUCUGCCUGCACUCCAUCCCUCGAUACCAACCUUGGUCUGAUAUUCCACAAUGGUCUGAAUGGCCAAGUCGAGAAUAUGUGGAACUAUGUAAUUGAAGGGACAGUCAACACACCAUUCUGGGGUCUUCGCUCCUGGAUGCACCUCAUGGCGACUGUUACAAUGACUGAGGGGCUCCCUGAGACGACGCAUUGGAUAGACAGUGGCUGCACGCAACUGGCCAUUAACAACCUGACUGUAUCGUUGGAUGAUGUCAAGCACACAAUUCAGCAAACCUUUCAGAGUAUUGGGCAACUGCUCUCUUUGCUCACUCAAGGUGUCAAGUUGCCAGUGUUUGAUCGGGUGGCAUAUGAGGAUCAGCCUCAUAUGGUUGAUGUUGGAUUCAACUAUCUAGUGGCCUCUGCAAAAUACCACAACCAGUACUCAGGUCGAUAUCUCUUAGAAUCAUGGAUGGCUGCAGGAGAUCCAUGGGGUUUUUCAAAAUAUGGCGAAACCUGGGAUCGAUCGACUGUUCAAAAAUGGCUAGACAUGGCAAAUGAACUUACCAAAGCUCUUUACUUUUGUGUCCAACCUGCAAAAGGAACCGAAGAAAUGACUGUCAAGAUAGUUAAUACCCCAGAAGCGAUGCGGAAUGUAUUCUGGCGUAACGCAUUUGCAUCAUUAUUUGGCUUUCAUCCGGCCUACUCAAAUCUUUUGGAUCAACUUGACCAUAUACAACAUCUAUUGACGCAUCUUUGGGUUGACACUUCACUUGGACUUUUUACUACUGCCCAUCAAACAUCGGUUCUCCACCGGACAUUUGUGAAGCAUAAUGUUGCCCCACUUGGGGUGAAUCCUUGGAGACACCUCUGUGUUGCGGUUUGUGAUCAGUGGCUAAAGGAGCACCCCCGAAUUGGUCUUGUUGAUGAUGAUGAAGAUGAUGAGGAUGGAUCGAAUCAUGUCUUGGAUAUUCAAAGGAACCAUACGAGCCGAACAGCCAACUGGGUUUAUGGAGGAACUAGUGGGCACAGUAUGGACCGUCGUGCCGAGUAUCAAUUCCGUCAAGCCUGCACAAUUUGGCAAGAUUUUUGGGGUGUGAAUUGGGAUUAUAGUUCUUCUUCCUUGGUUGGCCCCGUCACUCCGGUUAUUCCCUUGAGUCCAUCGCAGCUUGCCAUGCAAGCGCUGCAGCAGUUUACUAGGGAUCCGUCACCGAGUUGGAAAUCACCUUUUCAGCAAUUGUGGAUCACUGCUGUAUUAGAAGCCGAUCAAGAUCUUCUUGUUGUUGCUCGAACAGGUGGGGGCAAGUCUCUGGCGUAUUUGUUGCCACCUUUGGUUGAACCAACACAGCUGUCUGUUGUGAUUCAGCCACUCAAAGCACUUGGACACGAAACUAUGAAGAUACUUGAGUCGCAUCAUAUUGAGGGAUUCUAUGUGGAUCAAGCACUCAAGCAGGACAUACCUCAUAACACUAACAGCAGGAGCGCCUGGUAUGAGCCCUCAUUCCUCAGACCCCUCAGACCCCUCUCUUGGUGGAGGGUCUGA